CGCCCACCACAUCGCCAGCAUGGCGGAACAUGGAACAGGAAUUCCGCCUAUGCGCGGAGGACAGCGCCGUUGACGGGGUAACACCAGCGAUGACCAUCCUCUGGCAAUACAGAUCUGUUGCCCGGCGACCAGCGGAGGUCCCCAACGUCAUCUAACCAGCUGCGUGCAACUUAGCAGCAGUUUAUCCCUUAAACUAACAGCUGUUUGUCCCACAGACUCGUGUCAGAUUUGACAGACGGUGGAUGAAGUGUUAGCCCUGAUGCUCUGAGUUGGACCGAUGCCUUUACUGCGCUUGAACGCCUCGCUGGGAUUAGACUAGAAUAGUUAAUAGAAGAGUCUUAGAAAUAAGAUUAUGGAUUUGUUCGGGUUGCUGCAUUUGGACGAGCUGUCGCACGGACUGGCAAACUUGUCCAUGUUUCCAUACUUUGACAUGGCGCAUUAUAUGGUGUCAGUCAUGGCUCUGAGGGAGCAGCCAGGAGCUCUUGAGGUGUCCAGAGCCAGCCCCUUGGCCUGCUGGUUCAGCUCCAUGCUCUUCUGUUUCGGCGGAGCUGUUCUGUCUGGGAUGAUGCUGGCUGAGCCACCUGUAGCACCUUUGUCCAACAGCACCAGCAUUCUGCUUGCUUCAGUCAUCUGGUACCUUGUGUUCUACUGCCCCAUGGACCUGGUGUACUGUUGUGCCGCCCUGCUGCCUCUCAGGCUGGUGCUGUCAGGAAUGAAGGAAGUGACUAGGACAUGGAAGGUGCUCGGAGGAGUCACCCAGGCAUACAGCAGAUACAAGGACAGCCUGCUGGUUAUGAUUGCCAUUGGCUGGGCUAAAGGUGCUGGAGGUGGUCUGAUCAGUAAUUUUGAGCAGCUUGUUCGAGGUGUAUGGAAACCAGAGACCAACGAGCUCCUCAAAAUGUCAUACCCCACCAAGAUCACCCUGAUAGGGGCGGUGCUGUUCACUCUGCAGCAGACCCAAUACCUGCCUCUCCAGAAGCAGCACCUGAUGCUGAUCUACACCAUCUUUACCGUCGUCAACAAGUCAAGGAUGAUGCUGACAGGCUCAUCCACCUCGCCCUUUGCUGCCAUCGAGUCAGCCAUCUACAAGACCUUCUUCGCUGGCUCCUCCCCUUACGCCGCCCUCACCGCCGAUGUGAAGAAAGCAAAUAUUGAUAACGGCGCAGCGAACCGGACGACCUCUACCACAACAACCAAAGAGUCCAGUGAGAAUGAGGCAGCAGGGAAAGGAAAAAGCGGAUCGCUCAAAGCCAAAGACGAGUCAGAGAACGCAGAGACAACAAGCUGCAAGAAGACCGACUAGUCAGCCUCUGCCCUUUCUCCCCUUUUACCUCCAAGCAGGGUUGUGGAGUCAUUUCUGAUUCAGUUUUGUCAUGUCAGGAGGUCAUUUAAACUUUCUGCUCUGUUUUCUGUUAUGAAGAAAGACAUUUUUGCCCUACUGGCUAAAAACGUUUUUAUUCCAAAAUGUUUCUUUUGCAUUUUUUUUUUUUCAAAUGUAAUUUAAAAGACACUGAAACAGAAUUCCGAUAAGAGCUGACUCCAAUCAACCCUGUACCUUAUUCUGGGAUAAUCACCCCAUCCUUAAUGUACUGUAAAUUGUAUUAAUAUUUAUGCUGUUGGAUAUGAACAUCUUACUAUCCUUGGGCUGAUUGCACACUUGCAGUACACUUGUGUAGCUUAAUUUUUUAUAUACAUUUAUAUUGAGAACAAUCUUAUGAUAAUUUUAUCUCUGGGUUUUGGGAACAGUGCUGUGCACCCGCUGAUCUAUGAAUGUCUAUAUCUUCUUCUUUCUGUGUAUAUUCUGCUUCAUGUAAAUGCUAUAUUUCCUAUUCUGCAGUAGUUUCUGCAGAAACAUUUUUUUAAAAGAGAGAUUAUAUACUACGAUAUUCAGAUAUUUUAUUCUAUUUAUAAAAAAACAUAAUUGCACUCUGAAUGUAUAACAUCGAAACGGAAGACAACUAUUUAGUGUGUUCUGUUUCUUUGGUGAAUGCGUUGAAUUACAAUUGAAAGCAUGAGAAUAAACAUGUUUAC